AUGGACGAAGAUGCACAAUUUUUAAAUGAUUUUCAAACGAGAGUUUUACCAUUUGAACAAUGGACACAUCGAGCUCAUAUUCGUAUGGCUUAUUUAGUUUGUAAAUCAUCGAAUAAUUUCGAAGAAGGUCUAUUGAAAAUUCGACAAGGUAUACAAAAUUUUAAUAGUUUACAUGCAUCAAAACUUAAAGUUGGUUUUCAUGAAACAAUGACACAAUUUUGGACGGCAAUGGUAUGGAAUGCAAUACAAAAAUGUGAUUCAUCUAUUUUAAAUUCUAAUGAUUUUAUUGAUCGAAAUAAUCAUUUAUUAGAUUCAUCAUUAUGGAAACAAUAUUAUUCACCAACACUUAUGUUUUCACCAGAUGCAAAACGUAAUUUUACACCUCCUGAUUUGAAACCAAUUUCAAUUGAUGCUUUACAUACUACAAACUAA